GGGGAGGACGCUCACUGGUGCAUACUUCCUGCCUAGGCCUUUCCCAAAAGCGGCUGCGAAGUCUGGGACAAGGCAGAAGAGUGGAUGCCUGCGAGCUGAGGUGAAGAACCUGAGAGGAGCAGCAGAGGAGUAUUCCUCCUUGAGGCACAAAGCAGGCCCAGGAGCCCGAGGAAGAUGAAGUUUGGCUGUCUUUCCUUCUGGCAGCCUUACGCUGGUUUUGUCUUAAAUGGAGUCAAAACCCUGGAGACUCGGUGGCGUCCCUUGCUGAGCACCCACAAGAACUGUACCGUCGCCAUCCACAUCGCUCACAGGGACUGGGAAGAUGACAGCUGGUGGCAGCUGCUGGUGGAGAGGCUGGGGAUGAGCCCCGCGCAGAUUCAGGCCUUGCUGCAGGAAGGGGAAAGGUUCGGCCGAGGCGUGAUCGCUGGGCUUGUUGACAUCGGGGAAACGUUGCAGUGCCCAGGCGACUUAGCCCCCGAGGAGCUUGUGGCCCUGGAAAAUCAAGCAGUCCUGACCAACCUGACGCACAAGUACCUGACAGUGAUUUCCAACCCCAGGUGGUUACUGCAGCCCUUCCCGAGGAAAGGGGGGAAGGAUGUGUUCCAGGUGGACGUCCCGGAGCACCUGAUCCCUUUGGCCCCCGAGUUGUGACCCUUGUGGGCUCCAGGGAGAAGCGUCACUGAGAGGCCAACUAAAUCAUGGCACAGUUCCCUCAUCAUGGUGCAGACCUGGAAAAGCAGCUUCAGUCCGAAUCGCCACUGCCCUGCGUGGUGCUGCUCCCUGAGUGCUGUUCUCAGGCACAGACUUCUGUACCCAGGUGAAGGGAAUGGGGGGCAGGACUUCCUUCCUUUGGGUUCAUAGACAGUGUCUCAAGUACCUUGACCUUUAGUGCCCGGAGCGUCUUGGCGUUGCCCCGACUCUGGUCUGCUACUUUCACAUAGUACAAAUAAAUGUGUUCAUGAUAA